AUGGCAAGCGAGGAUUCCCGAACCUCCUUGGAAAUACCAGCUUGCUUUAGAUGCCAUGUGCCAUGGAGCACACGGUAUGGUAUCUGUGGCACGCGUCACUGUCGGCGUCGCGGUGACAGAAACAAAGUGGCUUUUUGCAAAACUUGUUUCCCGGAUGCUAGAUGCGGAGAAUGCGGAUGUACAUUUCAACAUGAACAGGCCGUCCUUCCAAGCUUGUCAUACACAUCGUCGCAGCCGGCUACAUAUUGUGAGCCGUGGUCGGAGCUUGAUUGGUUGCCAGAAGAGCAGGCUGCUGUCAUACAUUGCUCCGGUGCUUUUUGUUGGCAGUGUAAUUCUGAAGACCCCCUACACGGCCGCUCUGGCUAUUGUGACUACUGCUGGCAAUGCUGGAAUGGACGGAUUCCAGAGAAAGCAGUUUCGGAAGGAGGAAACUUCCCGCAGCCAGAGGUGAGCCAUUACCCUAACUUCAACAGGCUUGUGGAGAAUCAGCUUCUGACCCAGGGUGUCCCAUGUUUUGAAGUGGAUGUGUGCGAUGAAGAUUUCCUGGCUGUCGCCUUGCGCUUGAGGCAGAAGUUUCCCAACGAUCCCGAGCCCCUGAUAUUGUCCCCUUGCAGCCGGAUGAGCUCUGGAGGUGCGGCAGGCCCGGCUGGACAAUCCAUGUUGGGGGCUCUGUGCCAGUCGACAACCUGGCAGGCCGUCGCUGAAAGGGCUUUCCCUAUCGGUAGCAAUCAUGCGGUGUACGUGCCUGGAGUCAGGGUCUACCAUGUUGUGGGCAAGCCGGCAAGCAACUUCUCAGUUUCUGUCCUGGCCACCCCUCCUUCUCAAUUCCGCGAUGUGUCGGACUCGUACUAUCAUGACUUGCUGGCACGCAUGUGUGGUCUCAUAGAAAUCUGUAAACUCCGAGGGCAUCGUUUGCUGGUGAUAGGAGCCUGGGGGUGUGGCAGCAGGAAGCACCCACCUGAAGCAGUGGCUUGGGCAUUCAAGCAGGCCCUUGAGAGCCAGAAAGACGCCUUUUCCCACGUCAUCUUCGCCAUCAAAGGGGAUAAGAAGACGCUGACAGCCUUCCAGAAAGCCUUUGGCGUUUGCACUUAG